CCUCAAUCAGCCACCAUGGAGGAACUCCAGAGAAAACUGAAUCAACACUAUGAAGGCACCAAACCCAGAAAGGUGAGGUUCAAGCUUGCGUCGUCCUACAGCGGCCGGGUGCUGAAGCACGUGUAUGAGGACGGUCAGGAGCUGGACAGUCCGGAGGAGAAAUACCCUCACAGCUUCGUUCACCGCAAGAUCCCUCCCAGCCACUUGGAGGUGGAGCAGCUCUGUGGGUUUCAGGAUGCUCAUGGGGACCAACCGGGUGCUUAUCCUCCAACGGGGCUCAUUGCUCAGAGAAUAAACGUGUACAGAGGAAUGGGAAGCUACAAGCCUGCUGCGGGCCAGACUGAGGAAGCAGAGGGAGAUGCUCAAUCCUCGGUGUUGGACUUUGGCAAGAUAAUCAUCUACACCAGCAAUCUGCGCAUCAUCAGAGCGCCACAGAGGAAGCCUGAAGCGUUGCGGCACAACACAGUGCCUCCUGUGGACAUGGAGGGAUACCCAAAGGCCAAGGAGAAGGGAAGCAGGAGGAGGGCUAGAGCUCUUUGUACCCUGGACGUGGAGGAGAAGGAGGGGAAACAGAUCAGUGACACAGAGACCAAGGAGGCCGGCAGCUGCCAUCAUUGUCGCGGCUCGGGCAGCGCUCCCUGCUCUCUGUGUCACGGCAGCAAGCUGUCCAUGCUGGUGAACCGCUUCAAUGAGUCCAUCAGUGAUCUGCGUUGCCAAGCCUGCUACCCCCAUGGUCUGGAGAAGUGCCAGUCCUGCUCCAGCAAAUAG